AUUUGUCAACUGGAACAGGAUGAAAGCCAUUUUUUGCUUCGUUUUUCCCAUUUGGUCGUACCUGUUGUGUCUUCUGUCAGGCGGCACAUGUUCAGAAGCAGAGCACAAGCUCUUCUCUGUGAUAUUCUCCAACUACAACCAGUACAUUCGACCAGUAGAAAAUGUGUCCGACCCAGUUAUUGUGCAGUUUGAGGUGUCCAUGUCACAGCUGGUCAAAGUGGAUGAAGUCAAUCAGAUCAUGGAGACCAAUCUGUGGCUAAGACAUAUCUGGAAUGACUACAAACUCAAAUGGAACCCAAAGGAUUUCGGAGGCGUUGAGUUUAUCCGAGUGCCGUCCAGCAGGAUAUGGAAGCCAGACAUUGUGCUGUACAACAAUGCAGUUGGAGAUUUCCAGGUUGACGACAAAACAAAGGCCCUGCUUCGCUACAACGGUGACGUUACCUGGAUCCCUCCAGCCAUAUUCAAGAGCUCCUGCAAGAUCGACGUCACAUACUUCCCCUUCGACUACCAAAACUGCACAAUGAAGUUUGGCUCCUGGACCUACGACAAGGCCAAGAUUGACCUGGUGCUGAUUGGCUCAACUAUCAACCUCAAGGACUUCUGGGAGACUGGCGAGUGGAUAAUCAUCGAUGCGCCCGGAUACAAACAUGACAUUAAGUACAACUGCUGCGAGGAGAUUUACACAGAUAUCACGUACUCUUUGUACAUCCGCCGUCUGCCUCUUUUCUACACUAUCAACAUGAUCAUCCCCUGCCUCCUCAUCUCCUUCCUCACCGUGCUUGUCUUCUACUUGCCGUCUGACUGCGGUGAGAAAGUCACACUGUGUAUCUCCGUCCUGCUGUCGUUGACUGUCUUCCUCCUCGUCAUUACAGAAACCAUCCCGUCCACCUCGUUAGUCAUACCCUUGAUUGGCGAGUACCUCCUCUUCACUAUGAUUUUUGUCACCCUCUCUAUUGUCAUUACUGUUUUUGUGUUGAACGUCCACUACCGCACACCAAAGACACACACCAUGCCCUGCUGGGUGCGCAGUGUGUUCCUUGGACUGCUGCCCAGGGUGAUGUUCAUGACCAGGCCUGAGAGGGACCCAGAGACGGUGACUGUGGCUGACAGUGUUCAGGCGACGCAUCCGAGACCCUGUGCCAUUCAUUCCACAGGUACUCUGCAGAAGCAGCACAAACCUCAGGGCCUGGCCACCUGCGUGGUGUCCACCCUGACCAACCGUCAGCGGCUUUUUAACAACACAGAGCUCUCCAAUCUCAACAACUUGAGCGGAGAUUCAACCAAAUGUACCGGCUCCGGCUUCUUGUGCUGCGAAGGCCGUUGCAACUGCUGCUGGCAAAAGAGAUCCGGCAAACUGCCCGCAGACUCCGGAGGGGGGAGCGGAGGACUGGACAGCCUGGGGACCCUGACUGGAGGCGGAGCUAUUGGGGUUGGAGGGGGCAGUCAGUGUUCCAGCUCCGAAUCUCUGGAUGGAGGAAUAAUGUCUCUGUUGCCGCUCUCCCCUGAGGUCAGGGAGGCAAUUGAGAGUGUUAAAUACAUCGCAGAGAACAUGAGACUACAGAAUGAAGCAAAGGAGGUUCAGGAUGACUGGAAGUACGUUGCCAUGGUUAUCGACAGGAUCUUUCUGUGGGUUUUUGUUCUCGUGUGCAUCCUGGGAACAGCUGGCCUCUUCCUCCAGCCUCUAUUGCUCGGGGAGGACAUCUGAUUCAGUUUGACAAAACUAAUACCACAGACUGUUGAACUGCACACCAUUUGUUACACAUAAGAUUCUGGCCAUGGCUUACAGAGAGUAAAUACAGAGUGGAGCCAAAGCCAAGGAGAAGAAAUGAUUGUGGUUCAGAGACUUUUUUUUUUUUUCUGUUGCUGAAAUUGUUUCGGCACUGGUAAAUGCUGAGGACACGGCUGACCAAAAAUGGACAGUGGUUAUCCUGCAGUCCAGAUGACUUACACCUGACUAUCCUACUUGAAAAAAUAUGAUGUAAUGGCUGCUCAAAGUCAGAGCUCUGACUGGAAUUUUUGGGCCAAUUUCACGCAAUUCACAGAGGAUCAGAUGCUCUGGUCACUCAGAAUGGCAGCAUCUACAGAAGUGAACAUUACUAGGACACCUGAAAUGAAAAUGACACCCGAGGUGUGUAACAUGGUACUGUUACUGUGUGUAAUUUAACUAAACGGAUGUAAAAUAUUAUGUGUGGCGGCCUCUUACACGCAUUGUUUACCCUCCUGUGUUUCUUUGAUAUUUGAAGUUAAGCUCUGAAGACACUACAAUCAGACAUGUAUUCAUCCUAUCGGUUUACAUUUGUCUCUGUGACUCAUGAAACUCUUCAAUCAGAAUUUUCAGCUUGAAAAUUUCUAUCUUCCUACUUGAAUGGAUGCAGCAUUAGUCACUGUUCAGAAUGAACAGAGUUGCAGCAGGCUGUAAUAUAAUCUAAAAUACCAAGGUAAUAGCAUUUAUUUUAUUAUUAUCUGUUUUUCGAUGAAUGCAUAAUUGGUGCAGUGAUUAAAGGUACUAAAUUCAAAGUAUUUAAUGUCACACUAGGGGUGUACAUGAAUUCACAAACGCUAUCAGAAAGUUCAACAUUUGAGCUAUUCCUGUUAAAUCCAUAUAAGCAACAUGACCAAAGUAUUUAGGGUUCUGUGCAAAUGUUUUUGCAAUCAUAAUACCUGUUAACUACAUACAAAGUACAGUAAAAAAACAGAAAAAAAACCCAAACUCCUGUUUAUGCUUGUUUUCAGUUUUCCAUAUUACUUGCUUGGUAGAUUCUUGCAGCUUCUUAGAGAACUCGUUGCAAUUCCUCCGUUGAUUUAAACCGCCUCAGUGUCUUCAUGUGAUCUCAGACUCCAUAAUGUUGAGAUCAGGGCUUUGUUGGGACCACCCUAUCUGUUGAAGGACUUCUUGUUCUUGUUGUUGCUGAUGAUGGUUCUCUGUGACUCUGGAUGUAUGUAUGAGAUCAUUGUUAUAUAUAUGUAGGGGUGGAAGGUGGACGGUGGGUCUUUAUACACAACAUGACAAACUGUAAACCAUUUCAUGUGGACUUCCUUGUUUAGGAGAACCAGGCAAUGAUGUCUAAGGUGUUCAAGGAGUGACAUCAUGUGGCAAUUCUUGGUUACUACAAGUCACCUUCAUGGCUGUUUCAGAGGGAUUUGUCACCCACUCUGUCUUUCCAACUGAUGUUACAACCUCACCCAUUCUCACUUGUAAAAUGAAAUGAAAUGAUAUACUGAUAAUGAUGCUUAAAGUUCCUCGAAUGCACUGAGAGAGCUGCUUUUUGAUUUGGACAGUGUUUCCUUCUGGACAGCGUGAUGAAUGAAGAAAGAAUCAUUUAGAAUUUUUGAUGAGAACAGGGCAAAGUAUGUGGAUUGUAAAAGGAAAACACUUUUGUAAAUACUAAUAAAAAAAAAA